AAAAAGUGUAAUUGCAAAUCAAAAGAAUUUCAUUGCUACUGAAGAAACAUUUCUAUUGUUGCCUAUGCUUGAACUCAAGUUGUUAUUUAUUUUGCAGGUCUACGGGUUAUCGUGGAUCGUGCUUGCUGUUCUCAUUAUUCUUUUCAAGGUGUUUACCUUUAGCCAGAAGAUAUCUGUUAAUUUCCAGCUGGUGCUGCGCUUUGUCCAAGGCGUAUCAUUCAUGCUAGCAAUGGCUGGUUUGGCUGUUGCAGUGGUACUGACUAAUCUAUCCGUGCCAGAUAUCUUUGCCUGCAUCUUGGCAUUUGUACCCACUGGAUGGGGUAUUAUUUCGAUAACUGUUGCUUGCAAGCCGUUGAUGAAGAAGCUUGGGUUGUGGAAGUCGAUACGCUCCAUUGCUCGUCUAUAUGAUGCUGGAAUGGGAAUGAUUAUCUUCAUUCCCAUUGCCAUUUUCUCCUGGUUCCCCUUUGUCUCAACAUUUCAGACACGACUGAUGUUCAACCAAGCAUUUAGCCGGGGGUUGGAGAUUUCUCUCAUCCUUGCUGGAAACAACCCGAACUCUGAUCUAUGAUGGCUGUGUUUCAUUUUAAACUCUGUAUUGUAAAAUGUAGGAAUGAAAUGUUUUUAGGCUUUACUCCAUUUUUCAGUGUCAGGAUAGUAAGAUGUGUAAUGACGUUUGAUCAGUUGUGAUGAUAUAUCUCAUGAGAGGUUGGAAAUACUUUCUGUAUAAAGAACGGUGUAAUGAUUCCUAAUUCUUCUGUAUAAAAUUUUGUUUGUAUUUUGAUCA